UUGUUCCCAGAUAGUCUUAAGGUUUCCAAGUAGUCGAACCGUUUUCAGUGUUUCUCUGUAUUCAUUUUUUUAUCGUUGGGAAAAAUCUACUGCUGGUCAACUCAUACGAACAUGGGACGAGGCCCAGUUGUUGCCUUCUUGGGCCUUUUUGUCUUCGGUUGUGCGGCCUUACUAGCCUCGUAUUGGGACAUAGAGUCUUUUAAAAUUGGUUCUCAGCCAUUAUCAUGGGCCAUGAGAUCAGCUGUGUCAUCGGGACUGCAAAAUAAACGUGACAUCAAAGCAGAUCUGGCUGAUGCAAAUGAAAGAGUACAACUGACAGAACCGAAAGAUGCUUUAGACGCGAACGAGACGAUAGGUGUACACAGUAGUCAGCAACAACGACAACAGGCCACAACGUGUGUUCCCAAGAAGCAUUUCGUCUGGAUUAAAGUUCACAAGGCUGGCUCCCAGACCACCACGCCAUUGUUCGAGAGAUUCGCCUUCAACAACCAUCUCAAGGUAUUACUCGGGGCCCAUCGGGGCCCAACCAUCAGCUGGCCGCUGCCGCCCAGAGAGGGAGAUUAUUUUCAGACCAAAGAUGGCGGACUGUUCGACGCACUUUAUUCACACAGUCGUUACAACAAGACGUGGUUGGAGGCUCAUUUUCCGGACGACACGGCGUACCUGGCUAUCGUUAAAGAACCCUUCACACACUUUAAGAGUUGUCUCCACUAUUACAGCGUACCACGAAAAAUCAAACUGAAAUCAAAAACUGAAAAGAACCCUGUUAAGAUAUUCCUGAAGGAUCCUUGGAAAUACAAGACUGAGGCCAUGUCUCAAGGAAUCCGUUGGGACAAAACCAGAAAUGCACAGCUCUUUGAUUUGGGUUUCCCCAUGGAAAAGUCGGAUGACAUGGAAUGGACGGAGAAAUACAUCGCUCAGUUAGACCAGGACUUCCUACUUGUCAUCAUAUUAGAAUACCAUGAUGAGUCCCUCAUAUUGUUGAAAAGAUUGAUGUGUUGGGAACUUUACGAUAUUCUCCUGGGAGCUGAAAGCCGAAACAGUCGACCGUACAGCUACAAGUCUUACAAGCCGACACCAGAAGAGGAGACGACCUACAGGAAGUACGCGGCGGCGGAAUACGCCAUGUACCAACGGUUCAACCAGUCGUUGUGGGAGAAAAUCUCACAACAGAGCCCGGAUUUCUUUCAAGAGGUGGACAAUUAUAGGAAGGUUACUAAACACGUCCGUGGGUUUUGCAAGGGUGGGAAGAAGAAGGAACUAGUCAUCCCAGCUUCAGCGUGGAACCCCGAGUACAAGCUGCCGCGCAGUUUCUGUAAAGUCCUGAAGACGGAUGAUCCGGUAUGGAGGAGGAAGUCAUGGCAGCAGCUGAAGUACCCACCGCUACACAAGGUCAACAUACCGUUUAACGCCAGGACCAACCUCGCCAAGUUUCUGGCCGCAGCAAGACGUGAUUCUGAGGAGAAUAAAGAAUGAUUCCAGUACCUGCUCA